UCCAUCUUAAGAGUGAAGUGGAAUUAGUUUGAAGAUGUUUAAAGUUAGUUUCAGGAUUUUAAUCCUUCUGUGUGUAGCUGUUGUGGGAUUCACGCCUGUGGAAUCGUAUCAAUCAGUUGAAAAGAAAGUGAAUAAUCUUCAAAAAAGUGCAGAAAAAUAUUACCUGAAGUACGAGUCAUUGGAUCCUCUCAAUAAUAUGUACAUGGAUAAUAGGGAUUACAUCAGGAAGAAGAGAAGGGGUAGUAGUCACAAAAUCUACAAUAUGAACGAUGAUGAUACACAGAAGUUGCGUGAGAUCAAUAAUUCAGAAGAAUUCAUGUCUGAUACAUACGGAAGUGGAGAUUCACCUGGCUGCGGAUUUUCCAGGGAAGGUGUUAUGAAGGGUCAACAGGAUAUGUGCGUAUGCUCAUGCUGCGUUGGUUCAGAGAAGGCCAAAUUGCUGCGUGAAGUGAUUCUUCUUCUUACAGAUGUGAUGAAGUACAAAAAUGCCAACAGUGCACCAACUACCUUCUUCCACUCCUUUGAUAAAUUAUCAAAAGAUCUCAUUGCACCUGUUGAGGACUUUAGCAGGGAAUUCGCCUAUGAUGAUCUGCACCUGCCUGAUGAAGAUGAACCACUGAUGCGCAAGGAUCUUCCACAUGCAACAGCAAUGACAAAGCGUAUUCCAGAUCCUGUCAAUGAUGCCGAAUAUGAAGAACAAUUUUCCGUGACUUUUCGCAGAGAUCCCAACAAAGGACCAAAUUCCAAAAUUCAUUUUGCCCCCGCGGCUUCACACAAGCAAGAAGUUGAGAGUAAUCCCUUCAAAGGAAUGAAGAAUGGACCAACAAUUCUAGAGCAUAAAUCAGAUAACUCACAUUCAACAGUCGUAAAAGAAAAAAAUGCAAAAUUCUUCAGUUUGAAACCGUUUUUCUAUCGAAAAGGAGCUGUUUAAGGGCACAACUCUUGUUUUUAUACUUAAAAAAAAUGUUUCAACUUUAUAAAAAUUAAAAAAAAAGUCUAUACAAAAACACAUUUAUACACACAUUUUUGUACACAAUUAAAGGCGCGAAAAUAAACGAGUCCUUGGGAUCUUU